AGUGUCCAGUUGAGACAGGAAAGUUGGCGCUUUCUUGGCACACUUCCGCCACGACGCGAACGCGACCAGACCAUUAUCACCGACGGCUGAGCAGCGGUCACCCUGAUGGCGACCACCACCCUCUGCGGACCUUCGCCGGAAUCGGCCUUGUCAUCCGGCCGCAAGUUUCCCACUCCGGCGGCCACUGUUCCUUUCCAGUCUAUGCUAAAAUGUCCCCUUGCAAGCUUGCCUGGGUCGGGCGUUUUCCAUCAGAAUGCUGUGAACCUCAGCAGUCAUUUCUGUGGAUUUUCGAAAUAUCAAAAAAUUCUAUUUCAGAGGCCACUUAGAGAUCAUGGAUUUGGGAGUGGAUAUGUGGCCUCAAAUGUUCUACCAAAAUAUCAUGCUUCAGAGAAUAUAGAAGCACCUCCACCAUUGGAAGGCAAAGUUCCUGAAGAAACAUCGCCUCUUGGAUCUGGAGUACAUAGCACUGAUGGCCUUUCUUCCAACUCUAGAGAUAUCUAUGCCAUGGAAGUUGGAUGUUCAGAAGAUUUACAAGUUUUGGAUGGCCCGAGUAGUAGCGCACCAUCCCUUUGCAUUGCAGUUAUUGGGGCAACUGGUGAGCUAGCCAGAAACAAAGUCUUCCCAGCACUGUUUGCUUUAUAUUACAGUGGAUAUCUCCCGAAGAAUGUGGGAAUAUUUGGCUAUUCUCGUAAGAAUUUGACAGAUGAAGAUCUAAGGUCCAUAAUUGCAGGAACACUGACUUGUCGAGUUGAUCACGAGGAAGGUUGUGAAAACAAAACAGAUGCUUUUCUUAAUCAAACUUAUCAUAUUAAUGGUGGGUUUGACAAUAAAGAUGGGAUGGCUAAACUUAACGCCCGUAUGCAAAAGAUCGAGGGUCACUCAGAAGCCAAUCGAAUAUUUUAUCUUUCUGUUCCACAAGAGGCACUUCUGGAUGUUGCGUCAUCACUGGCUGAGAAAGCACAAAGUAGAAGAGGCUGGAACAGGAUCAUAAUUGAGAAACCUUUUGGGUUUGAUCUACUCUCUUCUUUUAGGUUGACACAAGCCCUUCUCUCGAAAUUUGAAGAGAAGCAGAUUUACAGGAUUGAUCACCUUCUAGGGAGAAAUAUUAUUGAGAAUCUCACUGUUCUGAGGUUCUCUAAUCUUGUUUUUGAGCCACUAUGGAGUCGCAGUUACAUACGCAAUGUGCAGGUUAUCCUUUCUGAAGAUUGGGGGAUGGAAUCAAGAGGAAGAUAUUUUGAUGUGCCAAAUGGUUAUGGGAUCAUAAGGGACAUCGUACAUAGUCAUAUUUUGCAAACAAUUGCUUUGUUUGCCAUGGAACCUCCUGUGAGCCUUGAUGGUGAAGACAUUAGAAAUGAAAAGGUGAAAGUUCUCAGGUCCAUCAGAAAAUUGGAGCUUGAUGACAUUGUUUUGGGCCAGUAUAAAUCUGGUGGUGAAGAUAAAGCGGAUGUGUACUUGAACACCCUUACUCCAACAUUUUUUGCUGCUGCCUUGUACAUUGACAAUGCACGGUGGGAUGGGGUACCAUUUUUAAUCAAAGCUGGCAUGGGACUCAUCAAGCACAGAGUGGAGAUAAGGAUCCAAUUUCGCCACGUUCCAGGAAAUCUUUAUCGUGAAAGGAUUGGGCAGAAUAUCGAUCUUGCAACAAAUGAGCUUAUUCUGCGGGAUGCUCCUGAUGAAGCCAUUCUUGUGAAAGUGAACAAUAAAGUUCCUGGAUUGGAGAUACAGCUAGAUGCAUCAGAACUGAAUUUGCUUUAUAAGGAUAAGUAUGAUAUUGAAGUGCCUGACUCCUACGAGCAUCUUCUGUUGGAUGUAAUUGAUGGAGAUAGCCAUCUUUUCAUGCGAAGCGACGAGUUAGCUACUGCAUGGAAUAUACUUACCCCUGUUCUGGAUGAGAUUGACCAAAAGAGAUUACUGCCGGAGUUAUACGAGUUUGGUGGCAGAGGACCUGUUGGAGCGUACUACCUUGGUGCAAAACAUGGAGUUCGCUGGGCUGAUGAAUAAGUGCGACGGCGUCAUUGUAAAUUUUCAGACACCCUCUUCAGCAUUCACCAUGACACAUGCCGCCGAGGCCUUUGUUGGUGAUCGUAUAUGUUUUUCACAGGAAACUGGACACUUGCAUUUUCCGAUUCGAUAUGUUAAAGGGAUUUGUCUGAGCAAGACUGGCUGAUUAAGCAAGCAGCAAAGAUAAUAACUUUGUACAUUUUUUUAAUUUUAUAAACUCCUCUUUCAUAGCUGAA